AUGGGCAUCAAGGGCCUCAUGCCCCUCAUCCAGGAGUUCGCCCCGGGCGCCGUGCGGGAAUUGCAGGGCCCGGAAGCCUACACGGGCCGCAUCGUCGCGAUCGACGCGUCGAUGUCGCUCUACCAGUUCCUCAUUGCGAUCCGAGGCCAUGGUAGGGAGGGCGGCCCGGCCACGGUCCUCACCAAUAGUGAGGGAGAACAGACGAGCCACAUCCAGGGCAUGUUCAACCGCACGAUUAAGUUGCUCGAAAGCGGCGUGAAGCCGGUUUACGUCUUCGACGGGCGACCGCCCGAGGCCAAAGAUGGAGAAUUGGCCAAGCGCCAAGCGAAGCGCAAGGAGGCCGAGGAGAAGCUCAAGAAGGCGCAACAGGAGGGCAACACCGAAGACAUCGAAAAGUACAGUGGUAUGUUAACAAAAGUCAGUCGCAAGGAUUGUGAAGAUGUCAAAGCCCUCCUGAGGAUGAUGGGCGUGCCCGUCGUCGAAGCUCCUUGUGAAGCGGAAGCGCAAUGCGGCGAGCUCGUGAAAGGCGGGAAGGCGCACGCCGUCGGCACGGAGGACAUGGACGCGUUAACUUUUGGGGCUACUCGUCAAUUAAGGAACUUAACCUUCACGAAGAAGGGGAAAGAUUCGGAUAAAAAAAUUCUGGAGAUCACGCAUCAACGCGUGCUGGAGGGUCUGGAGCUGACGAAUGCCCAAUUCGUCGACUUCUGCAUUUUAUGUGGCUGCGACUAUUCGGGCACCAUCCGGGGCGUCGGUCCUAAAACGGCUCUCAAGCUCAUCAAGGAGCACGGUUCGAUUGAAGAGAUUCUGCGCAAGGGUCUCAAGGCGAAGGAUCGCGCGAACGUUCCCGCGAACUGGCUGCCUCCCGAUGAACGUGUGGCCGGGCAAGGCGUGGCGCCGCCCAAGAAGAAGAAGCCUGAGAUUGGUCAGCCGAAGAAGCCGUCUCCGCUGAAGGAGGUCAAGGCGGCGGAGGAGCCGACGUUCUCGUCCGAGCCGGCGUUCAGCGCGGCUUCCGAGCCCGCGUUCGCGGCCUCUUCCGAGCCCGUCUUCGCCUCGACGUCUGAGCCGGAGCCGGCGUUCGCGGCGGCCUCGGAGCCGGCGUUCAGCGCGGCCUCGGAGCCGGCGUUCGCCGCCGCGUCGGAGCCGGCGCCGGCCGAGCCGAUGGCCACCGAGCCCGCGGCCGAGCCGGCCAAGCCCGCCGAGGCGGCCGAGCCCAUGGCCGUCGAGCCGGCCGAGCCGGCCGCCGAGCCCAUGGCCACGGAGCCGGUUGCAACCGCGGAGACGCCCGCCGCCAAGCGCCCGAGCGAGGACGCCAGCGAUGAGACGGCCGCUAAGGUGCCCAAGGCCGAGGCCGAGGCGCCGGAGGAACCGGAAGAAGAGGGCCCCUUCCUGCCGCGCUACGUCUGGGCGCGCCAGCUCUUCCUCGAGCACGAGGUCACGCCCGCCGCCGAUGUAUCGUUAGAGUGGAAGAAGCCCGACGAGGCGAAGCUCCGCGAGUUCCUCAUCGAGAAGAUGGGCUUCAACGCGGACCGCGUCGAGGGCGCGCUCAAGAAACUUGUGAAAGCUCAGGGCGCGCGGACCCAGCGGCGUAUGGACUCCUUCUUCAAGGUGCUCCCGCCGAAGCCCGGCGCGGCGAAGAAGAAGCCCGUCGUGUCCAAGGUCGCCAAGAAGAAGUCCGGCGGCAAGGGCAAGCCGCGCAAGUAGGAGGGUUGUACUGAAGUAACUUACGUU